AUGGGUCAUCGAAUUGUAUGGUCAAAAAGUGGUAGGCCAAAUGAUACGCUAGAAUGGGCACCACCAUUACGAGUUGUAGCUAUUGUGACACUUUUGGCUUCAACAUUGGAUCUAAUCGCUGAUUUUCUGCUUUGCAGCAAGAUAAUGGAAUUGUUACCGAAUUUUCGUAGUAAUAUAGGUUUUCUGGCUGCUUACGGUUAUUUCUUUUUCACUGGUAUUUCUGUUAUCGUUUAUGUUUUUGAGAUGACCGAUGUUUGUUUAACAUUAAAGAAUGAUUGCGAAAAUACUAGCAUUGCUCGAUUAGCUAAAUCAUUGGUACUUGUUGCUGAAGAAGUACCAUUACCAAUUCUAUUAAAUAUAUUAUUCAAAUAUGAGCCACAUAUGUCAAUAGCAAAAUCAGCCUAUCUUGUAUCAUGGAUUAAAUUGAUAGCAUUAACAUGGGGUAUUGUUAAGUUUACUAAAUUGAACUUUUUUUGGUGCUGUUUACCUCUUAAUCCAAAACAUGAUACCAGGGAGAAUUUUCGUCGCUGUUUCACAUUUACGUUAUAUCGUAUUACAAUGAUUUUCGUUAAUAUUUGUCAUAUAAUUGCAAUUUCAAUUGUUAUUUAUAAUAUUGCAAUUACUAGUAAAAGUGGCAACCAAUCAAUUAAAACAAUUAAUCCUUAA